CUUCCGACUAGAGUUUUAGAUGUUAGCCGGGAGGAUCCGUUUCUCUUUAUCUCGGGCGGCCUCAAGGCAGAGUAUGUCGCUCUCAGUCAUUGCUGGGGAGGAGCCCAGCCGCUUGUCACCACAGCAUCAGCCAUCAACGACUGGAUACACAAGAUCCCGAUGAAACAACUUCCAACGUUGUAUAGGGACGCAGUCAUCGUGACCCGAAGCCUUGGCCUGAAAUACCUAUGGAUUGAUUCUAUGUGCAUCAUUCAAGACUCCGAAGACGACUGGGCUGCAGAAGCGGCAAGCAUGGGGAGCAUCUACCGUCAUUCGUACCUAACCAUAUUUGCACUCGACGCCCGGGACUGCCGCGAAGGAAUUCUGAUUCAGAGACCACGGUCAGCUACCUCCCCCGAUGAGCGAGCCGCUAGAGAAGCCUUGCAGCCGUCGCCUUUCAGGCUUCGUAACAUCUUCAGAAGCUCUCAUCUGUGUCAACGAGCAUGGGCGCUGCAAGAACGUCUCUUAUCACCCCGCAUCUUAUACUACAGUACCUCCGAGAUGUUCUGGGAGUGCCUUGCAUGUACCGCCCAAGAGGGGAACACCAGGAUCAAACCGGUCUAUCCGUCGGAGUAUGACUACUGCAGCUAUCAGUGUGCUAAUGUCAAGGCACAUCUGAUUCUACCCACCGGCUCAAACCCCUCGUUUCCACUCUGCCCCCAAUCACACUGGUACAUCAUCGUCGGAGAGUAUACGCGCUGCUUCCUGACCCUCCCUUCGGACAAGUUGCCCGCUAUUUCUGGCUUAGCGUCGUUGUUUUGGGAGAAAACGCAGUACACCUACCUUGCCGGGCUAUGGGUCGAAGAUUUUGUUACCGGACUUCUGUGGUUCGCCCCUUGUGAACAGGAUCAACGAUGCCAGCUACCCUCACCACAGUACCUCGGCCCAUCAUGGUCAUGGGCUUCGACAGACCUCAGGGUUCAGUACAAGCCCCUGACAAACAGGAGAGACUACCCAACCCCAUCACCCGACGACGACAUCCGCCUCAUCAAUUACUCUAUUGAACACGCCACCGCGAAUGUCAUGGGAAGAGUCAACAGGAGCGCUGUUGAAGUUAAGGCUGGUACGCAAGAUCUAUACGUGGAAACUGCCAAUGAGAACAACAGGAGAUGCGUCUUGUACGGUGUCGAUGGAGAGGAGUGCGGAGUGGGAAUCCUGGAUGCGCUGUACUUCGAAGUUGGAAUCCGGAAACGGUGCUCCGGGAUCUGGAUCACGGAACGACGGUUCCAGCAUGUCAAGCGGGGCGUCCUUGUGCCGACAACGUAUUGGCUGUACUUCUUGAUCAUUGUGCCGGCGCCCGAUACGGUAGCGAACAACACUUGGAGGAGAAUUGGUCUCGGAUGGACUACUAUGUAUUCGUACUGGAAGUUCCGGGCUGAGAAAAGAGUCAUCGUCUUAGUUUAA